AUGGCUGCUGCAGGGGGUCCCGUCCAAAGUCUGUGUGAUGAAGUUACUUGCUCUAUCUGCCAGGAUUACUUCAAGGAUCCAGUGACCAUCGCAGAGUGUGGGGACAACUUUUGCCGAACUUGCUUGGUCCGACACUGGAGGAAAUUGGAGGCAGUGGCUUUCUGCCCCCAGUGCAAAAUAAUUGUCAAGAGAAGGAGCCUCAUCUCCAACCAGCACCUGGCCAAGGUGGUAGAAAUAGCCAAGAAGCUCAGUCUUCACCUUCAGGAAGGGCAGGUCUGUGAGAUGCACUGGGAGACCCUGAAGCUCUUCUGCAAAGACCACGAAACCCCCAUCUGUGUGGUGUGUCACAGAUCCAAGGAACAUGAAAAUCACAAAGUGCUUCCUCUGGAGGAGGCUUCUGAGGAGUACAAGGGAGAGAUCUGCAACCGCCUGGAGAUUCUGAGGAAAGAACGUGAAACCAUUCUGGCCUCUCAGGCAGACCUGGAAAAGAAGAGCCAAGAUCUCCUUAAAUUAACAAAAUCUGAGAAGCAGAGGACAGUGGAGAAGUUUAGACAAAUGUGCCAGUUUCUGAAAGAACAGGAAAAGUGUCUGCUGAAUGAGAUAGAAGAGGUGGAGAAGGAGAUUGCAAGGAGAAGAAAUAAGCAGCUGGACAGACUCUCCAGGAAACUCUCCUCUCUUGAGAGGAUCAUCCAGGAGAUGGAAGAGAAACGACAGAAGCCAGCGAGUGAACUUCUGCAGGUUGUGAGAAGCACCUUUGAGAGGUAUGAGAAAAGGAAGAGUUCAAAGAUUUCAUGGGCUUUCCCUCCACAGCUGAAGGGGAAGAUCUCCAGAUUCUGUGACAUAGAUCGUAUCAUUGACAAUGCAAUGAAGGAAUUCAAAGAUUCUCUUUUAUUCAGACAACUGCUUCAAGAAGCUCAUGUCACUCUGGAUCCAGACACAACCCAUCCCAGGCUCAUUCUGUCCCAGGAUCAGAAAAGCGUGAGAUGGGGAGACAAAGAGCAAGUCCUGCCCGACAAUCCUGAGAGAUUCAAUGAGUUGCCUUCCGUGUUGGGACGUGAGGGAUUCACAGCAGGCAGACAUUUCUGGGAAGUCAAUGUGGAAAGUGGGAUAUGGUGGGCUGUGGGGGUUGCCAGGAAGUCUGUGAGGAGAAAGGGAAGCCAUGGCUGCUGCAGGGGUCCCGUCCAAAGUCUGUGUGAUGAAGUUACUUGCUCUAUCUGCCAGGAUUACUUCAAGGAUCCAGUGACCAUCGCAGAGUGUGGGGACAACUUUUGCCGAACUUGCUUGGUCCGACACUGGAGGAAAUUGGAGGCAGUGGCUUUCUGCCCCCAGUGCAAAAUAAUUGUCAAGAGAAGGAGCCUCAUCUCCAACCAGCACCUGGCCAAGGUGGUAGAAAUAGCCAAGAAGCUCAGUCUUCACCUUCAGGAAGGGCAGGUCUGUGAGAUGCACUGGGAGACCCUGAAGCUCUUCUGCAAAGACCACGAAACCCCCAUCUGUGUGGUGUGUCACAGAUCCAAGGAACAUGAAAAUCACAAAGUGCUUCCUCUGGAGGAGGCUUCUGAGGAGUACAAGGGAGAGAUCUGCAACCGCCUGGAGAUUCUGAGGAAAGAACGUGAAACCAUUCUGGCCUCUCAGGCAGACCUGGAAAAGAAGAGCCAAGAUCUCCUUAAAUUAACAAAAUCUGAGAAGCAGAGGACAGUGGAGAAGUUUAGACAAAUGUGCCAGUUUCUGAAAGAACAGGAAAAGUGUCUGCUGAAUGAGAUAGAAGAGGUGGAGAAGGAGAUUGCAAGGAGAAGAAAUAAGCAGCUGGACAGACUCUCCAGGAAACUCUCCUCUCUUGAGAGGAUCAUCCAGGAGAUGGAAGAGAAACGACAGAAGCCAGCGAGUGAACUUCUGCAGGUUGUGAGAAGCACCUUUGAGAGGUAUGAGAAAAGGAAGAGUUCAAAGAUUUCAUGGGCUUUCCCUCCACAGCUGAAGGGGAAGAUCUCCAGAUUCUGUGACAUAGAUCGUAUCAUUGACAAUGCAAUGAAGGAAUUCAAAGAUUCUCUUUUAUUCAGACAACUGCUUCAAGAAGCUCAUGUCACUCUGGAUCCAGACACAACCCAUCCCAGGCUCAUUCUGUCCCAGGAUCAGAAAAGCGUGAGAUGGGGAGACAAAGAGCAAGUCCUGCCCGACAAUCCUGAGAGAUUCAAUGAGUUGCCUUCCGUGUUGGGACGUGAGGGAUUCACAGCAGGCAGACAUUUCUGGGAAGUCAAUGUGGAAAGUGGGAUAUGGUGGGCUGUGGGGGUUGCCAGGAAGUCUGUGAGGAGAAAGGGUGUCAUUGCCUUAAGCCCUGAGGGAGGGAUCUGGGUUAUGGGGAGGAUAGGUGAAUAUAUGGCCUUCACCUCCCCUGAUUCCUCCCCUCUGUCCCUGAGGGAGAAGCCCAAGAGGAUCCGGGUGACUCUGGACUAUGAAAGGGGACAUGUGUCUUUUUCUGAUGCUGACUCAGGUGCCAAACUUUACAUGUUCUCAGAAGCCUCAUUCUCUGGAGAGACCCUCCUCCCUUUCUUUUAUCUGAGGGGAGAAAAAACCCACCUCAGGAUCUCCUGAGGAGAUGGAAUCUGCCUCUCUGGCCCAGCAGGAGUUUCUCUCCAAACCAGAGUGACUGAGAGAAAAACAAAUGCCACCAAUAGCUAUUUGAACAGUUUUUCAGUAGCCCUUUGAGAA